UGAUCCUGAUAAAGACUAUGAAAUUCUCGAUGAUAGUGAUGAUAAUUAUAGUUAUGAGGAGCUAUCUGACUUAUCUACAAUAUCUACAAGUACCACAAGUAAUACAAUCAAUAAUUCUUCUGAAGAUCCAAUUUACGAGUUUAAAUUUGACAAAUUUGCUUUAAAUCGCACUAAGGAAUUU